AAGAAAAGAAAAUGCAGGUUCCCAGUCACAGUGUGAUGGAAAAGCAAAUUUCAGUGAAAUGUUUCAAUGCCUUUCAGUGUUUGAAGUUCCUAGUGAAAUCACACAUGCUGAGAAUGUUAGAACCUAGCAAGGUGGGUCAGAAAUCAUGUCAAAGGCCUUUAGUGGAAAUUAGAGAGCGGGGAACUGGUGUCUUUGGUUGGUUGAUUAGAAUAAUAAUGACUCGAAUGGGGGGGGGUCACCAAACAAGACUUGAAGAGACAAAACCUCCACUGUGACGGCAUGUGGAUUGUGCCAAAGAAAUGAACUGUUAAACUUUCCUGUUUCCGUGCCGGUUGUGGAGAACAGAGUGAAAACCGACCAGCACAGAACUUGGCCUGAGUCAGAAGUGGGCCAGUUACUACUGACACGGCAACGUGAAAGCUUCCCUGACGGUCUGAAAGCAGCACAUUUCCUCCCACCACACCUUCACAGAGCAAGUCACCUUAGAGAAACCUACCAAACAUUUUGAAUAUUCAUUCUGAGCACCUCACUUGCAGGACUCUCUUCGUUGGUUUUACAACUUGAAUGUCCUGCCUGUAACAGGAUGGGGCUUGACGCAGUGAAUGUGCACGUUCAAGGAACCUCUUUUCCUGGUCCUCUGACUAGAAAUCAGGUGUUUAUGUUUGAGCUUUUGCUGCAUGCUCAUGCUGUGUAGAUCAGAGAACUGAGUCUUCCUUCAAUUCAGUCAAUGCCAGGAAGGAGAAGAGGAAAAAUAAUUCCACCAACUCACCUCCACUGUGGAUGGAGCAGAUGAACUCACUGGGGAAACACUGCGUGAAAGCAGAUUCCAUGUUUCUGAGAAGAUAAAAGGAAAGGACAUUCUUUACCCUUGGCAUGAGCAAACUCAGAACCUGCCAAAGUGUUCUAGAGGGGAGUCUCCAGGUGCAGAGGGCAGUUCUCACUCCAAUUCCACUUCUUUGAAGGUUUUCUGGAUAACCCCCAUUACCAUCAAGGUGACCACAGGUGAAAGGCUUGCUGAACCAGUUAACUGGACUAUUUACAAUGGAUUGCCAAGAUAAAGAUUGCAGAUGCCACCUAUUAAGGCAGCGACAACCUUCACAUUUAAGGGCUUCCUCGCUCCCCUCGAGGCCCCCCGGGGAUCGCAGAAGCCAGGAGUUUGGGGCCGGUUUCCAUUCGCCUCUGGACCCACCUGGAGGGCAGAGGCAGGGCUUUGAGGAAGGUCAGCGGAGGCCACGGUCUGCGGCAACCUGGGCGUUCCCCGCGUUCCCGGGCGCGCGCGCUCUGUUCGCCCUCAUUCCCGAGGCUCGCUCCGGUAGCCGGCGCCUCCUGCUCAGUCCCGAGGAAGCCAUGGCCAAGUCCAGGGGUCGUCUGUACCUUGGGAUGUGCUUGGCUGCAGCGCUGGCAUCUUUCCUGGGUGGAUUUAUGGUGGGCUGGCUUAGUAAGCCUCUCAAAGAAACAGCCACUUCAGUGGACACUCACCAAAAUCUAAGGUGGAAACUGGUAUCUGAGAUGAAAGCUGAAAAUAUUAAAUCAUUUCUUCGUUCUUUUACAGAGCUACCUCAUCUGGCAGGAACAGAACAAAAUUUGCUGCUGGCCAAGAAAAUCCAAACCCAGUGGAAGAAAUCUGGACUGGAUUCAGCCAAGUUGGUUCAUUAUGAUGUUCUCCUGUCUUACCCUAAUGAGACAAAUGCCAACUACAUAUCAAUCACGGAUGAACAUGGAAAUGAGAUUUUCAAUACAUCAUACCAUGAGCCACCACCAGAUGGAUAUGAAAAUGUUAAAAAUAUUGUACCACCCUAUAAUGCCUUUUCACCGCAGGGCACACCAGAGGGGGAGCUUGUUUAUGUGAACUACGCUCGUACUGAAGACUUUUUCAAACUAGAAAGAGAGAUGAACAUCAACUGCACUGGAAAAAUUGUUAUUGCAAGAUAUGGGAAAAUCUUCAGAGGAAAUAAAGUUAAAAAUGCCAUGUUAGCAAGAGCCAAAGGAAUCAUCUUGUACUCAGAUCCAGCUGACUACUCUGCCCCUGGGGUACAGCCAUACCCAAAAGGAUGGAACCUUCCUGGAACUGCAGCCCAGAGAGGGAAUGUGUUAAACUUGAAUGGUGCUGGUGACCCGCUCACUCCAGGCUAUCCAGCUAAAGAGUACACCUUCAGACUUGAUGUUGAAGAAGGAGUGGGAAUCCCUCAAAUCCCUGUACAUCCCAUUGGAUAUAAUGAUGCAGAAAUAUUAUUACGCUAUUUGGGAGGAACUGCUCCACCAGAUGAGAGCUGGAAGGGAAGUCUUAAGGUGAAUUAUAAUAUCGGGCCUGGCUUCAUAGGGCGUGAUUCUUUCAGGAAGGUUAGAAUGCAUGUUCAUAACAUCAAUAAAAUCACAAGGAUUUACAAUGUAAUUGGAACUAUCAGAGGAUCUGUGGAACCUGACAGGUAUGUUAUUCUGGGAGGUCAUCGGGACUCCUGGGUAUUUGGAGGUAUUGACCCAACCAGUGGGGCUUCUGUUUUGCAAGAAGUUGUUCAGAGUUUUGGCAAACUGAUGAGUAGAGGCUGGAGACCAAGAAGAACUAUCAUUUUUGCCAGCUGGGAUGCAGAAGAAUUUGGACUUCUGGGUUCCACAGAAUGGGCUGAGGAGAAUGUAAAAUCACUUCAGGAGAGAAGCGUUGCUUAUAUCAACUCAGAUUCAUCUAUAGAAGGCAAUUAUACUCUCAGAGUUGACUGUACACCCCUUCUUUACCAAUUGGUGUAUAAACUGACAAAAGAGAUCUCCAGCCCGGAUGAUGGUUUUGAGAAUAAAUCUCUUUAUGAAAGCUGGUUAGAAAAGGACCCUUCAUCUGAAAAUAAAACUUUGCCUAGAAUCAACAAGCUGGGAUCUGGAAGUGAUUUUGAAGCUUAUUUUCAGAGACUUGGAAUUGCUUCAGGAAGAGUCCGGUACACUAAGAAUAGGAAAACAGAUAAUUACAGCAGCUAUCCAACAUACCAUACAAUUUAUGAGACAUUUGAAUUGGUAGAGAAUUUUUAUGACCCCACGUUUAAAAAACAGCUUGCUGUAGCUCAAUUACGAGGAGCACUGGUUUAUGAGCUUGCAGACUCUAAAAUCAUUCCUUUCAACAUUCAAGACUAUGCAAAAACUUUGGAAAACUAUGCAACAGAUAUCUACAGUUUAUCCAAGAAAUAUGACCAACAAUUAAGAGACCAUCAAGUAUCAUUUGAUUCCUUAUUUUCUGCUGUGAAAAACUUCUCAAAGUCCGCUUCAGAUUUUCAUAGAAGACUUUCACAAGUUGAUCUGAAUAACCCCACUGCAGUGAGAAUUAUGAAUGACCAACUGAUGUUCCUGGAAAGAGCAUUCAUCGAUCCCCUUGGUUUACCAGGGAGGCCAUUCUAUAGGCACAUCAUCUUUGCUCCAAGCAGCCACAACAAAUAUGCUGGCCAAUCAUUUCCUGGCAUCUUUGAUGCUCUAUUUGAUAUUGAAAAUAAAGCAGAUCCUCGUUCAGCCUGGAAAGAAGUAAAGAAACACAUUUCAAUUGCAGCCUUUACAAUUCAAGCAGCAGCAGGGACUCUGAAAGAGGUGUUAGAGUAAGGUCUCAGCCAACUGGCUGCCAUUAAAAGUCUGAGGAUAAAAUCCGUCUUUCUUUCUGAUAACACAUGAAGCCAGAGCAUGCUAAAAUCUUGCUUUUCAUGUCAUGUUUUGACUUUAGACUUCCACCUUGUUCAUCUGCAAAGAGAUUUUUGGCUCUUUGAAAAUUCAUAACUUCAUCAUCAAAGUGCUAAUCCAAUAAAAGAAACCAAAAAACCUCUAGUCAUAUGGAGAAAGAGAUAAAGUAAGUGAAAAUUCCCUAAAAUAAAAUAUGGCAAGGAACUUGAACUCUUCAGACACUGGCAGCCGGAAAGUAAAACAGUACAACCACUUCGGAAAACGGUCUGGCCCUUUCUUAUAAAGUUAAAUAUAUAGUUAUAUUAUAGCUCUAAAAUUCUACUUCUAGGUAUUUACUAAGGAAAAGCAAAAAACAUGAUCACCAAAAGACUGUUGCAUGUUCAUCGCAGCUUAAUGUGCAAAUAAUGCAAAUGCCCAUCAAUAAAUGAAUGGAUAAAUUGUGGUAUUUUCACAAUGGAAUACUACUCAGCAAUAAAAACGAAAUAACUGCCAAUACAUGUAAUAUUAUUGGCAGACAUUGUUGAGGGAAAGAAGCCAGACACAAAAGAAUGUCUAAUAUGAGAUUCAAUUUAUAUGAAGAAGCAAAACUAAUCUAUGGUAUUAGGAAUUAGAUCAGUGAUUGCUCGGGUCAAGUAAGGGGCAGGCAGGGAGGAAAUCUGCUACAAAGAGGAAAGUUUCUGGGAUGAUGGGAGUUUUCUGUAUCAUGAUCUGGAUGAUAGUUACACAGGAAUAUACAGUUGUCAAACUUCAUCAAACAGUAAACUUAAAAUGUGUAACAAUGAUACCUUAUAAAUAAAUUUGAUUACCAAGAAAAAAAUGUCUGGCAAGGAGACUGGAAUAGCACACCUUCUCUUGUGAAACCAUCAUGGAGUAUAAAUGGUAAGGAAAAGUGAGUAAUAGCUAUACUUUUGAUAACUUCAACUCUACUGAAUAAUAUAUAUCUGAUAGGUGAAAAUAGUUGACCCUUGAACAACAUGGGGGUUAGGGGUGCUGACCCUCUGUGCAGCUGAAAAUCCACGUGUAACUUGACAGUUGGCCUCUCCAUAUCCUUGCUUCUGCAUGCAUGGAUUCAGCCAACCAUGGAUCAUGUAGUGCUGUAGUACGUAUUUAGUGGAAAAAAAUCUGCAGAUAAAUGGACCUAUGCAGUUGAAACCUGUGUUGUUCACAGGUCUACUGCAGUUGCCACAAAUCUUCAUACCCUGACUCCUACUGAACAGAAGUAUAUCAGCAUGUGCAAACUUUCAUGCAGAGCCUAAUGAUUCAGAAUUGUGGGUCAUCUGAGAUGAAAGCUUCAAAAAGCUUGGUCGUUCAAUUACUUUGCCAAAAAGAGUUGAGAAUCAAAAUUAAAUGAGCCCUCACAGGCAGGCACACUAACUACAAUAAGAAGCUUUAAAGGGCAAUAAAAGAUAUUACUCAUGAAGUAUAAAUAAAUUUAUAAAGCAGAUUAAAUUAGACUUCUGUGAAAACAGUUUUAGCAAAUCUAUGAAUUUAAUUUUCUACCAUACUAUAUUACCUUAACAUAAGACUUUAUUUUAGGAUAGAGGAGUAACUGUAUUUUAACUUUUGACUUAAAGCAUUGUCUUGUAGAGACAAUAUUGGGUUUUCUACUGUCCCAACUGAGUAAAUCACUACAUAAUUUUGGGCAUCAGUUUCUUCAAGAGUAAGGAUUGUUAAGGUUCCAUCUAACUCUAUUAUAUCAUUUCUAAAGGGGACAAAAUACAAAAAUUUAUAAAUCUCUUUUAUGUUUUUUCUACCAGCAGCUUUCCAGAAGAAAGAUAUUUAUUGCUAAAACAGCAUGUAUGGUUAGAAAUAUGGGUUUAGAGAAAAACAGUAACCUUUUCAACUUAUUGUUUACUUUAUAUUGGUAAGUUAUUUUGUUUUUAUCAUCUUUAAUCAACAAUUGAUCAUUUGAACAGAACAAUGAUUGUGUGGUAUGCACUGUAAUAAAC